CAACCUGUGUCAACUGGAGGUGGGGGGUGAGUGAGGCAGGAGGGAAAGCCACAGCCAGACUGUCAGGUUUCCCAGAUGCGGUCUGCCCUCCUGCCAUAUGGCCCAGGUUGCCUCUCCUGGCGGUUGAGAGGGCAGCUAAGGCUGCUCAGCCCAUCUAGCUCCUUGUGUUUCCCUGCAGAGCCCUCCCUCAACGACACUUCCCCUUUCUCCCUUUGUCAUUUAGCCCCCAGUGACAAAAAGUCUGCUCAGCUUUUUUCCUAGCUCUUCUUCUGAGGUCCUUCCUGUCACUGGCCCUUUCAUCUCAUAAGCCUGGUUAGGAAGAGAGCUCAGAAGUUCCAGUGAGGUAACCUUCCCAAUGGAUAGAGCAGAGGAAAAUUUACUGAAUAAAUGUCAGUGUUUCCCCUUGUCAUCACAGAUUUCUCGCCACGUUUCCUUGCCUCUGAAGAUGAGGAGCUGAAGGACACGUUGGGAACAGGUCUAAGCCCGGCUCACACCAUGAUCACGACAAAAGGGACCAAAGGACGGAAGGCUGGAGUUUACUGCACCUUCCGACCUCAAAGAGAGAGGUGGGAGCUCAGAAGACAGCUCAUUAGAACGAAGAGUUUUGUUUCUGAAAACGGAGAGCUAACUGACAAAACCCGCUUCUUUGCCCGCCAACCCCUGGCCUCCAGGGGCCCUGAGGAUCUUCAGCGCCCGGCCGGGGCUGGAGCCCGCCACCGCCCGCCACAAAAUUUGGCGCUCGGGUGCGCGCCCUGGCCGUCGCGGGGCGGGGCCGCUCACGCCAGGGGAAUCCCUCCCGGGCUUGACGUCACCUUAUAGGCGACCAAUGAGAAGCCGGGGAGGGGGAUUCCCGCUCUGGGGGCCGCCCAGCCGGCUUUUUAAAGGAGUACCCCGGGGACCACUCUCUGGGACUGUGGAAAGAGUUGAGAAAAAUAGAGGUAGGUGGUGAAAUGUGAUGGUCCUGGGGGACGAGAUUCUAGGGGCUUAAUGAUUAGACGUUAAAUCUGUCUGAGCCCUGGGGGCGGGGACGAGUAACCGGAAAAGGUCCAGGAGAAGCUACACUCCAGGUACAGCAACGCCUGCCAGAGAUGGAGUGGAAACUGGAGCGCACCGCCCGGCGGAGGAUCCGGACCGAAGAAGAGAUGCUGUGGGAGAAUGUUAUGCGGGUGCUCGCCGAGGACAUGAAGCAGCAGAGAAGUCGAGGUUCCCCCAAGUUAUUUGAUGCAGGUACCACCCCAUACUCUAACUUCAAGAGCAACAUUGUAAAGAGGCUGUCAGAUGAAGUUCCUGUGGCCAGCAGCCCACUUUCCACAAGAUGGCAGCAAAGUCAAAUCAGGGAUUUGGAAGCCUAUUCCUUUGAUGAGUCCGACAUCUCCGAAUCUGUGAGAUCAGUACUGAAGAUAAUGCCUGAGAAAGGCACCUUAACUCUAGGAUCUUACAAAGAACCACUGAAGACCCCUGUCAAAGGCAGUUCUCAAACAAGUAACUCUGCUCUCCAUUUUUGCAAGGCAUCUCGUGCACUGGAAAGAGGUGGGAAGGAAAAUGUUGCCUCCAAAGCCCAGAACUGCCUAAAUGAGCUAUUUUCAGCCCAGAAGGUGAUCCAGCAAAUUAAUGGGAAAAUGCAGCUUUGUGAGGAAUCACAAUGUAUUUGGGAAGGCUGCAGAGAUGGAGUCAGAAAUGAAUCCUUCCAUCUUAAAAAGUUCAGAGAUGUGAACUAUCCCAUAUGCCAACCAGAGGUGAAGAUUCAUCUUACUGGCCUUCGAAAUGACUACUAUCUGAAUGUUCUAGACUGGAGUUUUCAAAAUCUUGUUGCUGUAGCCCUUGGAUCUGCUGUAUACAUCUGGAAUGGAGAAAACCACAGGGUUGAAAAAAUAGAUUUAAGUCUCACUUGUAAUUAUGUAUCUUCUGUGUCCUGGAUAAAAAAGGGAACAUGCUUGGCAGUUGGCACCAGCGAGGGAGAAGUGCAAUUAUGGGAUGUCGUAACUGAAAAGCGGCUGAGAAAUAUGCAGGGUCAUUUGUCAGUAGUUGGGGCCCUGAGCUGGAAUCACUAUAUCCUUAGCAGUGGGUCAAGACUGGGCCGUGUUUAUCAUCAUGAUGUUCGUGCAGCCCAGCAUCAAGUUGGAACACUUUGCCACAAGCAAGCUGUGUGUGCUUUGAAGUGGUCACCAGAUGGCAGGCUGCUCUCCAGUGGCUGCAGUGAUGGACUGCUGACAAUAUGGCCCCAUGAUCCAGGUGCCCAUGCACAGGGCCAAUCACUAAAAGUCAUAUCUCAAUCGACAGCUGUCAAGGCUAUAGACUGGUGUCCCUGGAAGUCUGAGGUCCUUGCUAUUGGAGGAGGAAUGAAGGAUGGAUGCCUACAUAUUUUGGAUAUAAAUAGUGGAAAGAGCAUUCAGACUCCAAGCACAAACUCACAGAUUUGUUCCCUAAUCUGGCUACCUAAGACAAAGGAGAUUGCAACAGGCCAAGGUGCUCCUAAGAAUGAUGUGAUUCUGUGGACCUGUCCCACUCUGUCCAGGCCUAGUGGGUUUCUGGGCCACAGAGGCAGAGUGCUGCACCUGGCUUUGAGUCCAGACCAGACCCGGGUGUUUUCUGCUGCAGCAGAUGGAACAGCUUGCGUGUGGAAAUGCCACCAGUCACCCAGGCCCUCCUAGUUCCAGUGACAUCAUUCCUAAGAGAGGAUAAUGAUAUCAGUUUCUCUUCUCUGUGUGAUAAUAAGUAUCAAACACGAUGAAGUGCUCUUCCCAAUGUGAAUGGCUUCUCUCUGACUUUCUUUCUCAGGCUGCUUUAUUCACUGCUUCCUCCCAUUGCGUCUCCCAGAGAUUAUCUUUGACUUCUUUUUUUUCUCUCUCUCCUUCCUCCCCCACCUCCUUCUCUUCUGCCUUCUGCUCUCUUUCUUCCUUUUUAAAGAUUCAUUUUCACUGUAUCAAUCAGAAUAAUAUCCAUAGCAAAGAUUUCUAAAUACUUCUUUCCCAGCUGAUUCUUCUAAAUUCUCACCUUAUAUUUCUAUCUGCCUCUAAAUAUUUCCUUUUCGAGGUCCUUUACCAUCUUUAGCUCAAACUCAGUUUGUUGAAAACACAACUCAUUCAGUUGAUAGACACUUAUUAAAGUCCUCCUAUAUGCUAUAUGGUUUGUAAGCAUGCAUAUUUUUUUCUCUUAAAAUUAGUGAUUCUGUAGAUUUCCUUUUCCCCUCUGUAUUUGUUUUUUGCUGGUAUAACAAAAUACCUGAGGCAGGGUGAGAUACAAACAAUAAAAGUUUAUUUACCUCAUGAUUCUGGAGGCUGAGAUGUCCAAGAGCAUGAAAUUGGCAUCUGGUAGGGGCCUUUGUGCUGUGCCAUCCUAUGGCAGAAGGCAGAAGAACAGGCGAGCACAUACAGGAAUCCAAGAGUGUGAGAGAGGAUCUCUUUUAUAACAUGCCUACUAUCAUGACAACUAACCUACUCCCAUGAUAAUAACAUUAAUCCAUUCAUGGAUUUUUAUUAGGCUUCAUCUUUUAUUAGGCCCCAUCUCCCAGCAUUGUUGCACUGGGGAUUAAGUUUUCAACCAUGAACUUUGGGGACACUUUCAAACCAUAGCACACUCUUAAUGGGUUCAUCUUUGUCCUGGUCACCCAGCCUCCUGAGUGUUCGGCCCCGCACUUCCUGGGUUUACCCUUGUUCUGUUUUAUCUAGGCAUGCCUGGAUACAUAGUGGCCAGUCUAAUUAAUUCUCUUGUCUGUAGUCUACUUGAGUCUUCACACUACUGCUAGGUUACACUUCUGAAAGCAGUGUGCUGAUCCUGUCAGCCCCCUGCUCAUAAACUCUCAGUGACAUUCUAUUAUUUAACCCCCUGGGCAUCAACCUCUGGAGUCUUGAGCCCAGGACCUGAAGUUCAAGCUCCUAUUCUUGUCUCAGUUCUACACUAAACAGAUUGUGCGACCUUGGAUGUAUUGCAACAUCUGCAUGAAUAUGACUCUGUGCUUGAUCACUGCUAAGGCUCCUUCAAAUUUGCUCAGUCCAUUGCUGUAUCCAUUUAAUAUUAAUUUCCACUCAUUUGUCUACAUUAAUUCUUAGGUAAAUCUUUUGAUUUUUCUGCCUUGAUACCUUUUAAGUAUCAUGUAGCCUGGAAUUUUUGCUUCUUUUUCCCUUUUCUUUACACCUCUACAGGAAGUAUUUAAAAAUGAUGUUAUCUAGGUUUGAUGUCCUGCCAGUAGUCUGUAUCACAUAUUUGAUAUUAAUGUGUUAUAGUAGAUGUUUUUUAAAUCUUGUAUUUAUAUAUGAAUAUUUGAUUAUUUUAGUCUUUUUUUUUCUAAUACUGAGGAUUGAACUCAGGACCUUGUGCUUGCCAGGCAGGCACGGUGCCAUUGAGCUACAUCCCCAGUCCUUUAUUAUUUUAGUCUUAAUAUGCUUAUUUGUUCCCUGAACAAUUAAAUUGGGGUGAUGAGGAAGCAUAGAUUAGAUAUUUCGGUGUAUAUCAAUGUAUAUCUUUUCCUUUAUCUCCCCCAAAUCCAUAAAUUUUGAUAAUUGAACAGUGGGAUAAUAUAUACAAUGGGAGUUAGGACUCUCUUGAUGAACUAGUAUUAAU